GGGCGGAUCAUUGACAUGUGCAUUUGUUAUUGUUUAUUACACUCACACACUCAACUUAAGUCUCAUCAAGAUCAUAGGCACACAUACAAGGACAUGGAAGACCUCAGGUGAUCUGAUUCUUCGAUAAAACUAAUUUUGUAUUAAGUGCAGUCAUAUUACCUGAUUUAUAGCCAUUGCUAUGGAGGAAAAGAGAACUGUGACUUUCCGAGAUGUUUCCAGGAGCUAUUUCUCACAGACAAGGGUGGACUGUCGCUACACUAUAAGCAGUCAUCACAGCUGGAGCAGUCAUGACUGGAUAGGUCUUUUUAAGGUGGGAUGGCUGACAGUGAAUGAUUACUACACUUUUGCCUGGGCUCUAGCACCAGAAGGGUACCAAACAGGAACAGAUGCAAACUGUAGUGUGGCCUUUCAAUCGUCUUAUCUACCAAAACCUGGUGGGGAGGCAUAUCAGUUUGCUUAUGUGGAUGAACGUGACGAGAUAUGCGCAGUCAGUUCUCAGUUUACUUUUUGUGCUCCAAGACCUCUGGAUGAACUUGUUACACUAGAGCAGGAGAAAAAUGGCGAGGAAGAGGAGGGGGAAGAUGGCCUGCUGGUGGUGGUGCCAAAGGCUCUGAUCCUGCAGGAUCUCUUAGAAGGAUGUCAGCAUGAGUUACAUGAGCUGCGUAAGAGGUUUGAGGCUGCUGAUGCUGUGGUCGAGAGAGAAAGGGAGAGAUGGAAAGCUGAAAAACAUGAGCUUGAAAGAGUAAAAAAUGAGAUGAAGUGUCAGAUUGAUGAGCUAAAAAGCAACCUGAGGCAAAGCACUGAAAAAAUUGAGGAACUCGAGCAAAAACAAAAGGAUGUGCAAAGCACUCAUGAAAACAUGGCUGCUGAACUCAGUGGGCUUCUAGCAGAGAAAGAUAAAAAUCAUCAGCAAAUCAAAGAACUCCAACAGGUUGAUGCCACUCUGACUCAACAAAAACAAGACAUAGAGGCCGAACUUGACAGAAUGAAGGAAAGAGUUAAAAAGAUGACCACACAAAGGCGAGAUGAAGAAAAGGAGAAGAAAGAUUUGCAGAUAGAGAAUAAGCAGGCACAUGCUGAGCUGCGGACCUUGCAGGAGCGUCUGGAGGCCAGUGAGCGUAGCACUGAGGCCCUCCGCAGGGACCUGAGUGAACUGGGCUCCCUGCAGAGUCACAGCCAUGCAGAGCUGCAUCAGGUUAGGCUUCAGUCUGCACAGAUGAGUUUACAACUGUCCCAGGCCAACCUGUCACUGCGUGAGGGGCAAGCCACCUGGGCCCAGGAGAGGGAGACUUUAAGACAAAGUGCAGAGUUGGAUAAGGAUCGUAUUCAGAAACUGAGCCGUGAGCUUCAGAAGAAGGAAGAGUGGCUCCAGGAGGAGAGAACCGAGCGAGAAAAACUGGAAGUGGAGCUGGGGAACGAGAAGGACUGUAACCGGGAACUGAGAGCCAGUCUGAGAGCCCUGCAGAAGGAACAAGAGCAGCAUCAGCUGGAGAAACAGGAGCUCUUAGAUCAUAUCCAUGUGCUGGAGCUGAGACUAGAGACAGAGACAGAUGCUAAGUGGGCUGAGGCUGCAGCUACUCCAACAUCUAGCAUUGAUAGCCCUCCAUCAGUUGAAGAAAAGCCACUGCAAGAGUCUUUAUCUGAGCAGUCUUUAUGUGUGGCAGAUCAUGAACAAUCCAGCUUUCAUGCAUCAGCAGAGGAAAGCCAAAAGGAUAAUGAGAUCGAUAUGAGGCUUUCUGUGUACCCAACCCCUUACAAAAAGCAAGAGGACCUAGAAGUGGAGCCUUAUUCCAGUGUCAUUGCUGACAAACCUUUACUGCUUUCUGAACACAACAACAGUGUAUUCAGUGGUCUUGCUGAUGCCCCCAUGUGGUGAACCAGAUGUGGAAUAGAAAUGAAUUGUGUGCAGCUUGUUUACAUCAGAGCAUGGUCAUGUGCUCCUGAUCAGUGUGAAAUAUCAAAACAGUUUUCCAAGCUGGCUUAUUUUAUAGCCAGUGUGUUAUCUAAUAUAUACUAAAAGUGUAGGUGUGGGUGUUCCAGUAGUGUGAAUUUGUUUGUUUGUGCCAGUAUGAAUUUCCUCCAAGAGUAAGGUGAUAUACAGGAAAUUUAGGUAUGUUUUCUAGAUACUCCAUUUAUAGCAUGCAUGCAUACAUACAUAAAGGCAGUGGAUUGGGUUAUACUUUAUUUUAAGGUGUCCUUGUUACAGUGUAAUUAUACAUUUAAGUACUGAGUAAUAUUAAUUAACUACAUGUACUUACUAUUUGGUUAGGGUUAGGAUUAGGGUUUGGUUAAGGGUUACUUGCGUGUAAUUAUGCAUAUGUUAUUAUAAUAGUAAGUACAUGUAACUAUUAAAAAAAAAAAAAUAAAAAAAAGAAAUACUGUGGAUUGUUAUAUUUUAGAUAUAGCAUGAAUAAGUCAGGUGAGCUGCAAUUUUAACUAAUGAGAUCAUUACAUUAUGAAAUUAAAUAACAUUAAAGAAUUUUAUUUUCUUGUUUAGCUAGGUGUGCUGGGUAUAGUUGCCUGUUCUAUAUCACUUAACAAUGACGUAAGUGCAUUCAGGUGCUAAGUUUCCCUUUUACUGUAGGUGGUUUUUAUUGUUUGUUUGUUUGUUUUUUCACAAGUAAAUCACAAUUUUAUCACACUUUGUUCUGUUCAUAGUUUGUGUUGCUGUUAUGCUAUCCAUUCUUGAUCUAAAGUAUAUGUGGUCCUCAAGCCUGGACAGUUUGACAUUAAAUUCUUAAAACAGUA